AUGUUUUUAAAUUUUUUUAUCUUUGCCUCAUUUUUAGUGUCUCUAGUAUUCGGUGCAACAAGUUGCUCGUUUACUGAAGAUGACAUCUCUUCUCUUGCCGAUUUUUCUUGGGGUUACGAGGUCAAUCCAUCUGGCACUGCAAGUGUAACUGAAAAAUUCAAGUUUAUCAAAGUUACUAAUAGUUUGAACUAUUUGAGUAUAUAUGAAAGCAAGGGCUAUUUGGAUAUCGUGAAAGCUUUUCUUAAGAUAGACACUACAGGUUCUUACACCUUCAAAUUUAUCUCGAAUAUGCCCACCUAUGUGUAUUUAGGCGCUGAAAAUGCCUUUGCGUGUAGUAAAGAUAUGAGUGCUGGUGUUAGUUAUACCAAAUCCCCUAUUGGAAUUGGUGAAGCUAUGUUUUCUACAACUUCAGAUACACUGACACCUGGGAGUGUUACAAUGCAAUUGGACGCCGGUUAUUACCCAAUUCUUGUCCAAUAUUACUGGGAUGGUACUACUCAACCUUAUGUUUAUGCUGGCGAAUUUGACAUCAACAUCUUUGAUUCUGAAGGAAAUUCAAUAAUUACGGACAAUGAAAAUUUGUAUCAUUUUUCGUCAUCCAGCAGUUCUUCCACUUCCACUACUUCCACGACUAGCACUUCUACUACGAGUACUUCUACUACGAGUACUCCUACUACCACGUCUUCUUCUUCUUCUACUACCACUACUACACCUACCACUUCUACUACGAGUACUCCUACUACCACGUCUUCUUCUUCUACUACUACCACGUCUUCUUCUUCUACUACUACCACUUCUACUACCUCCUCCACAACCACAGCUGGUAGUUCAACAAGUUCCAGUGCUUCGACUUCAAGCUUUUUGAGCCCUUCGAAUUUUCGAAGUACUUUGACUAACUCAACUGCUUCGACUGCUUCUACUACUUCGACCACUUCGACUGCUUCGACUGCUUCUACUACUUCGACCACUUCGACCACUUCAACUACUUCGACUGCUUCGACUACUUCGACUACUUCGACCACUUCGACCACUUCGACCACUUCAACUGCUUCUACUUCUUCGACCACUUCAACUGCUUCUACUUCUUCGACCACUUCAACUUCAAGCUUUUUGAGUCCUUCGAAUAUUCGAAGUACUUUGACUAACUCAACUGCUUCGACUGCUUCUACUACUUCGACCACUUCAGCUUCAAGCUUUUUGAGUCCUUCGAAUAUUCGAAGUACUUUGACUAACUCAACUGCUUCGACUGCUUCUACUACUUCGACCACUUCAGCUUCAAGCUCUUUGAGUCCUUCGAAUAUUCGAAGUACUUUGACUAACUCAACUGCUUCGACUACUUCUACUAGCCCGGACCAUCGCGCUACUUUCACUAACUCCACUACUUCAAGUUCUGUGGGUCCUUCGACUAUUCCAACUACUUUCAGUAACUCCACUACUUCAAGUUCUGUGGGUCCUUCGACUGUUCCAACUACUUUCAGUAACUCCACUACUUCAAGUUCUGUGGGUCCUUCGACUGUUCCAACUACUUUCAGUAACUCCACUACUUCAAGUUCUUUAAUUCCAUCCACUUCUAACUCAGACAGUUCUCAAACUUCUUACCCUUCAAUUUAUUCCAUCACUACCUCACACACUGAUUCAGAAUGGACCUCUUCUAUUAUUACUUCAGAGUUUGAAACGACAGUUUUAUAUACCAUCACGUCUUGUGGCACCAAGACUUGUUAUCCAAUUAUCACCAGCAGAACUAUUGAAACUUUCACUACUUUUACCACCUAUUGUCCGGUGAGCUCAUCAGAAAGUUCUGUAACCACGAAUACUGCUAGUAGUGCCUCUCAAACCUUAACUCAAGGUACUCCAUCUUCUCCAUCUGGUAACCAAGGUACCCACAUCGAAUCGUCGACAGCUCACGGAGUUCCGUCCUCUUCACCUGGAGCUCCAAGCCCUGAAUCCUCUUCUUCCGGAUUUUCAGAGACAUCGGUUACCAAAACUGGUACCCAUGUUCCAACUCCAGAGAUUGAGUCUUCUUCUAUCACUACUAUUCUCACUAGUGUUAUCAUUCCUCCUGGUGCUACCAUUGCUUCCAGUACUACCAUUCCUCUCGGUGCUACCACACCAUCUAGUACUACGACUCCAUCUAGCGCUAGCACGCCCUCAAUUAGUCCAUUAGAAGCUAAUGGUGCGCCUGCUCUCUUGAAGUCCAGUUUGUUCGCUAUGAUCCCUGUUGGUGUUUUGAUGCCAUUUUUAUUUUGA